ACCCGAUAAAAAUCUGUUCUUCCUACCCCCGGUUUCGGGCACAAAAUCCAUCGGCGAACGGAUCAAUCCCCACCGUUGAUUGCCUCGCCUGCGGCUACGAUGUCCUCCCCGUCUCCUCCGUCGUCGUCGUCGUCCUCCUCCUCCCUUCCUCCGCCAUGGGAGAAGCCUCUCACCUUCCUCCUCACUGCCGCUCAACCCAUCCACUCCCUCACCUCCGGUGUCCUCUCGCGCCUCCCCUUCUCCCCCUUCGCGCCACCACAUCGCACCACCACCAACCGCAAAGAUCCUCCGCCUUCGGCAGCGGCGGCGGCGGCGGCGAGGUCCUCCGCCAUGACGAUGCCGCUCCUCCUCCCCUUCUCCUCGUCGUCCUCCUACUACUCCGAUCACCGGAACCCUAACGCGACCUCGGGGGUGGGGGCGGGGUCGGCGGUGGGGAGCGUGUCGCCGGGGGUGAGGAUAGAGGCGCUCAACUCAAGCUCUAAGGGCGCAAGGGGCCCCGCCUUCGUCGGGCAAGUAUUCAGCAUGCUCGACCCCUCCGGCAAUGGCCUCAUGGCCGUCACCACUCACUUCGACAUCCCCUUCCUCUCAAAAAGGACUCCUGCAUGGUUAAAAAAGAUGUUCGCAUUGGUUACAAAGGGCGAACAAAAUGGCCCUGUGUUUCGCUUUUUCAUGGAUUUGAGUGAUGCAGUUUCCUAUGUGAAAAGGUUAAAUGUUCCAACUGGUAUGGUGGGGGCUUGCCGUCUCGAUGUAGCAUAUGAACAUUUCAAGGAGAAGCCGCACAUGUUCCAAUUCGUUCCAAAUGAGAAACAGGUCAAGGCGGCCAAUAAGCUCCUGAAGGUGAUCUCACGUAAGGGUGGGAAAAGAAAGAUCGAUGGUGUUCCUGUAUUUACUGCUCAAAAUUUGAAUAUUGCGAUAGCUACAAAUGACGGAAUAAAAUGGUAUACACCUUACUUCUUUGAUAAAAACUUGUUGGACAAUAUUCUUGAAGCUUCAAUUGAUCAGCAUUUUCGCACAAUGAUCCAAAAUCGGCAUAUGCAACGAAGGAGGGAUGUGAUUGAUGAUAGUCUAACAGCAGAAAUUGUAGAGGAAAGUGGAGACAGCUUAUUUGAGCCUCCAGAGGUUCAAGAAGUACUGGAUGAGAUGGGCCAUACAGGCAUUCCUCUUAAUGUCUUAUCAAAAGCUGCUGAGAUUCAGUUCCUUGAUGUUGUUGAUAAGGUGCUUCUAGGAAACAAGUGGUUGAGAAAAGCUACUGGUAUACAACCAAAGUUUCCCUACUUGGUUGACUCAUUUGAAGAGAGGACCGCUGCUUCAUUUUCAAAGCUAGAAGCGUUAACAAGCAUUGCUUCUAAUUUGGAUGGCACCAGUUUCAGCGAGCAGAGUCUUCAAUUUGGUGCUUCUGGUGCUUCAGAUACAAAGAUUAAAGACAAUGCUCGCAGAGAUAAUGACCAGUUAGCACGUUACAAUAAUUUCCCGUUUCCUUUUAGUAAUUGGCUUCCAAAUUUGUGGCCCAGGCAUGGGAAGUUCCGAAACCAAGAAACCCAAUGCAAGUCAAGUACACGAGUGAAUAAACAUGCCAUUAAUGGGAUACCGCUGAAUCCUCUGCUCCCCAAGAUUACAAUGGUUGGCAUGGCAAUGGGUGAAGGGGGACAGGUGAACAAAGCCAGCUUGAAGAAGACAAUGGAGGACCUGACAAAGGAAUUGGAGCAAUCAGGUCAUAGUUCAACAAAACUUAAUGAAGACAAGGACCCUCUUUUUGUUGCCAAUGUGGGUGAUUACUCCAGUAUAACAAGGAUUAGCUCUUCAUGACAACCAGAAUCAUAUCACUAAACUAAGAUGUCACCAUAUGAUCCUCAUCCAAUAGAGAGGUAGUAUUCUUCACAGGAUGCUUUAUCUAGAUGCCCUUGUUGUGCGAUGACCUGAACCUAAUCUUCGACAACAGUUAGAUGAGCCCUCCAAUUCAAUGACUUGGAAGUUGCCCAAAUGUUGUAUUAUGUACAGUGGCUGAUACUGCCCGAACAUGUCGAUCUAUCAAAAUCAUAGAGAUCGUAUAUUUUAUCCUUUUUUUUUUAUCUAAAUGGAAUCACCAAGGCAGCCAGAACAUGUUAAAGGGUUUCUGGUGUUAUCAACUGAUGUAAUUUGAUACUGCAAACAGCGGGCAUGUCGUUUUCUGUGCUUGGAGACACUAGUCAGCGCAUACAUGGUGGAAUCAAUGCUGCAAGUGGGUGGUGUUUGAGCUCAGAUCGAUUCCGGGCCAUCGCAUAAAUUAUAAAUAUUUCAGAUGCUUUGCUUCCAGGAAUAGAAUGUAUUUAUUAACUCUUAAAACAUCGUAAUGGUUACUUGGCCCUUCCAUGAUCAUAGGGUUUUCAUUCUUCUAGAAGACAUUAUGUGUGGAAUCUGCCUUUUGCUCUCUUUUCUGUAAAUUAUAGAGGUGUCAUAUGAGUAUGUCUGGGACUUUUGAUGAUCGUUCGAGAGCGCUUUAACAGUUUGUUGCACUAACGUCGUAUGCCAUGCCUUUUUGUUAUUUUU